AAAUCACUAUCGGGAAUUGAAAGAACUUUUCCCUGAAAGGAUUCACAUAAUUAAUGCGGAUCGAAGCGAAACCGAAAUAUUGACCGAAGUUCAGGACAUAAUUAAACAAACUCGCGUGCCCAAAAGUGAAGCCCGUUUGCCCCAAUCUGUACGAGUAAUUAUCCAAAAUGAAAAAGGGGAAUUUUUGCUAGUAAAAGAUAAAUGGGGUUGGAACUUCCCUGGUGGUAAAAUCGAGCCUGGCGAAAUGCCCGAAGCGGCUGCCUGCCGCGAAGUAUUUGAAGAGACUAAUUUAACGAUAGAAAAUUGUCAAAAAAUUGCUGAAGAAAAUGUGUUCUAUGAGACUGAGAAAAUAUUAGGCAUUAGAUUUGUUGAUAGUAAUUCUACUAGUCCCAAGGCCAAAGGUCACCAGCCCUACCAGUUUUAUCUCGAAAAAAUCCGCAAGUUCGAAAAAUAUGUCUAUAAUCAAGGCAAUCCGAACAACAGCAAAAAUACGCUCAUAAUCAUUGCUGGUGGAAGCGGAACCGGCAAAACGACAGUAGAAAGUUUACUAGCCCAGGACCCUAAUAUUGUUAAAUUAAUUUCAACUACUACUCGCCCACCACGCGAGGGAGAAAAAGACGGUCAAGAUUAUUAUUUUAUUAGCAAAAGGUCAUUCAUUCCAAAUAUUCACGCCAUUAUCGACCAAAUAUUUGAUAUUAGUAUCACCCUUGAUAAACCAUAA